AUGGAGGCAUUUCUUCGUCAUCAUCAGAAGGCGAUAGUGGCAGCGCUAGCUGCGCUUCUGGUUGGCAUGGCCAGCCUUGACACGAGCACAGUUAGGGUGGAAGCCCAAACGCCGAGCCUGUGCAACGUGUCGGUGGAAGAUCUAAAGACGUGCAAGCCAUUCGUGAUGUUGAGGAGUCCAAACCGCGGUCCUGUGGCGAAGCCCUCGGGGCCAUGCUGCACCGCGCUCGCCAAAGCCAACGUACCAUGCCUCUGCUCCUAUGGCAAUUCCACUCUGCUGCCUACCCUCGGCAUUGAUCCCAAACGGGCCAUGCAGCUCCCCCGUCGGUGCGGCCUAAAAGCCCAUUGCUAG